AUGGAUAUUGUACUGGGUGGAGAUGAAUCGUUAAGUACGAAACUAAAUGAAACACCAACAUCGAUACCAACAUCGAUGGCAAUUGUUGAUGAAGUUAGUAAUGAAUCAACAAAAUUAUCCUUGCCAAUUCCAGAUUCUGAAUCGAUUCCUAUUGAAGGAACAUCAAAAACCGGUGGCAAGGAAGGUCGAAUGAUUAAGAGUUCGUCAACACGUGUCAUUACAGCUGAUACAACACAUAUGCAUAUUGAGCCGAGCCACAUUAUCGAGUACGAAUGGCCGCCAAAAUCUGGGGAACGUUAUUUUAUCCAAGAACAAAUUGCGGAAUUGCUGGAUGUGAAGUCAUUCAAAAGAAAAUAUCCUGAACUGAGCCGGCAUACUAUAGAAAUCAACGAAAGGGAAUAUUUGCUGGCUAAUUAUAAACUUGCUACAGCUAUAAAUGAGCACCAAAUGCAUGGUCUGACAGCUUUAAGGGCAAUUGAGGUUCAUGAAUUGAUGGCUUCGGAUUAUCCAGCCAUAUAUUCGGAAUACCAGAGAGCAGCUGCUGAUAAAGUGAAAUUGCAAAUGGCGGAAGAGCAAAAGCGAUUGGAUGCUAUUAAGCUCGAUACAAAGAAGAUGGAUGAGCUGAGAAAGAGUGCUAUAAGAAGCGCUUUCGAAUUUAAUUCUGAAAUGAACGCAAUUAAACGAACCGAACGACGCUAUUUUUGGGAUUUGCAAACAUCGAUCAUUCAGUCAUCAAAAAAUCGAUGGAAACGGAUGCCUCCAGAAUACACACAACCAGGACCUUAUCCUGCUGCGCUUAUUCAUGGCCAAUAUCAACACUUCUAUAAAAAGUUUACUUCAAAAGAGUUACGUCGAUUACCGUUGUCUACUGUGCUAGAUUAUGAUUACCUUCUCCCUCCGAAACGACCUGUUUCACCAUUACCUGUCAUUGUUCAUGAAGAAGAGGUAACAGUGACAAAUGCUGAUAGCAGUGAUCCUGGUCAGCAUGAUAACCAACUCGAGCUACCACCUCCAGUUUUAUUGCCAUCUAAUUAUAAUGAUGAUAUCAGAACAAAGUUGGAUAAAGUUGAUUCUCAGGAUUUAACUAACCAACAACAGCAGUGUUCAAUAUGCGGUGAAAAUGAAGAGCGUCAGAUGUUAUCCUGUUCUAAUUGUAAUAAUAUAGUGCAUCCGGAUUGUGCCGGUUUACCGGAACACGUUGUUAAAGUUGCAUUGAAUUAUAGGUGGAACUGCAUUGAAUGCAAGAAAUGUACAAUAUGCGAAAAACCGGAUAAUGAGGAUGCGAUGAUGUUUUGCGAUCGUUGUGACCGCGGUUAUCAUACAUUUUGCGUUGGUUUAUCGUCUCCGCCAAAUGGUAACUGGAUUUGUUCCAGUUUCUGUGCUGAUCACAGUGUAACAGCGAUGGAAUAG